AUGAGAAAAGUCCAAAAUUCAGUUUAUGCAAUAAAUAAUAAUGAUGAAAAUUGGGUUGACAAUGUGGAAGGAGUUAAAAAUACAUUUUUAGAGUUUUACAGGCAACUCCUGGGUGCUAAAAUAUCUCAAAAGAAAAAAGUUUUGACUAGCGUGGUAAGAGAAGAUCUAGUAUUGAAUGAGACCCAAAUUCAAGUGCUAUCUCAAUCGUACUUUAAGGAGGAGAUCAAGACUGCCAUUUUCUCAAUUCUGAAUGAAAAGGUGCUAGGACUUGAUGGCUUCAUAAGUGGUUUCUUAAAAAAUGCUUGGGAUGUAGUUGGAGAGGAUUUCAUCAAGACAAUCAGCUCAUCUUUGAUUUCUGGUAAGAUUCUCAAAGAAAUUAAUACAGAUACCUUGACUCUUAUUCCCAAGAUGAAGUGUUUGAAUAGUGUUAGUGUAACGCCCUGA